GACACUGGGUCUCACUAUCGCCAAAUAUAUUUGGAGAUCGGCUUCGGCUACGGCUUGGCAGACAUUUUUUUCUUUCUACAAUUUUAAAUUAAAUUUAUUAGAAUAAAUGCUUCGAACACACGCGAUCUAAGUACCUUUUGUGUUUAUUAUACCUUACCUACCUAGGUAUAAAAAGAGUACUUACGUAGAUUUUCUUUUAUUAACUGUUUUAUACGAAGAUCUUGAUCUCUCAAAUUAGCAUCCAUUUUACUUCCAGUGAUUAUCAACUAAAUUAAUAAUCCACAAAGUAUUAAAUAACGUUUUUAUGAAAUAUUUAGCACAAAAACAAUACCCUUUAAAUAUCGAUCGUCAGUAACUGUGGCUGACUUACCUAUAUUCUAGCAAGCAGGACUGCCAGAUGUGAAGGGGAAAUCCCCAAUAAAUUGUUGCAUGUGACUGAUGAUGUGAGCAUGUUCGUUUCAUAAUAAAAAUGUUGCCAGGUAACCAAAAAGUCGUAUGUUUUUGUGCGAAUUACGAUCAUAAUCUUUACGAUCGUACAUUAAAAAAUAGACAAAUAAUAGUAUGAGUACGAUUUAAAUCGUAUAUCUGUCAACCCUGCUAGCAAGACAGCGACAAAAUCACGUUGCAUAACAAUGUAGCCCAAGCUUAUAUCUUAUGAAAUAUACGGAAGAGAUACGGACUUAGAAAAAACAGAAAUGUUGUUCUUUGUGGAAGUCAUUGAUGAAAUUCUAUGUAUUUUAGCCCGCAAACUUUCUUCAAACAAAAACAGCGCCAUCUAGUAUCGAGUUCUGUAAUUAUCUCUUUGUUUAUGGAUUUGAAGUAAGACCGCCACGCAUGCAAUACAUUAUGACUGGGGAUUCCCCUAUUCGUCGACGCUGAAUAUGAGGCGACGACAAUCACUGUCAAACGUGUUCACUAUUACUCUGACUCUGGUAACGUGACUUCCUGGUAACGUGUUAGGUAGGAAAAGCAGUAAAAAAGUGCAUAUUAAGGGAGCAGAUUUGAAAUAAUAUUUAUACUUAACAAGAAAUAAUUAAAGGUUCAAUGGGGAAACCUAAAGAUUUACGCAUAUGGGAGCACUACCGUACUUUACCAAACAAGUCUGUUUCUUGCAAGCUUUGUAAUAAGGUCUACAAAUUCAGUAAUGCUGCCAAAAUGCUUCAACAUCUUAUCACUUGUCCAAAAUCUCCAGAAACAUUAAAAGACUCUAUGAAACUUAUAAAAGAUAGCUCGUCCAAAACCAAAAUGUCUGGACUGUCAGAGAUAGAGACAAAUGAUUCUUUUAUAAGCCCCUCGUCGUCUGCUAACACUACAAUAAAUGCUGAGUUUCAAGACACCGAUGAUCAUAUAAAAACAGAAUUAGCGAGAGCUAUAUUUGUAACAGGGACGCCAUUAUCGAUGGUGCAACAUCCUUUAUGGAUACAAUUUUUCGAAAAAUUGCAACCAAAAUUUAAAAUACCUUCACGUAAAGCUUUAGCGACAAAAUACUUAGAUAAAAUAUAUAGAGAAAUGCGUUUUGAGUUAAAUGAGGAACUAAAUGCUUGUAGUUACUUACACCUUCAGUGCGAUGGCUGGUCUAAUUUAAGAAAUGAAGGAAUAAUAAACUUUCUUAUAUCAAAACCUCAACCUGCAUACGUUAAAAGUUUGAAUACAGAAAGUAAUCCUCACACUAGUGAAUACCUUAGCCAAGAAGUUGAAAAAGUAAUGAAAGUGUAUGGAGCAAAUAAGUUUCUUGUACUUAUUGGCGAUAACGCUAGAAAUAUACAAAAGGCAUUCGAAUUAACAAAACUCAAAUAUCCACAUGUUGUUCCUCUCGGUUGCUGUGCACAUAUCCUUAACUUGUUGUGCCAAGAUAUUGUAAAGAUACAAGAAGUAACUGUGUUUAUUAUGCAAGCCAUAAAUAUAAUAAAAACUGUUAAAAGGAGUCAACGAUUAAGUUCCUUGUUGAUAAAAUCAAGGCAGGGUGAAGAUUCUACACAAACACUAAAAUUGCCUUGUGCUACAAGAUGGGGAAGUCAUGUUACUUCGUUAAAAAGUUUGAAAGCAAAUAAGAUAGCUUUGCAAAUAUUAACAGUUAGAGAAGAUGUGGUAAUUUCAAGAGAUAUUAAAGAUUUAAUUCUAAGUGAUGAUUUCUGGACGAAGACAGGGGAAUGUAUAAGUAUUUUGGAACCAGUCACUGAAAGCAUAUUUUACUUAGAGAGCGACCAGAAUCGUUUGCAUCGCACAUACAUUACAUUUAGAGAUGUACAAGCUAAGAUACGUUUUGCAUUAAAUGAGAUUUCGACAUUGAGCGAAGAAAGCAAACAGCAGAUUCUAACAUCAGUAUCUUCAAGAUGCAAUAUGGCAAUGAGGCCAAUACAUUUUGCAGCAUAUAUUCUAGACCCCAGGACUCUAGGAGUCGAACUUACUCAAGAGGAAGAACUUAAGGGUAUGGAGUUUAUCUACAAUUUAAGCCAACACUUAAGUUUGUCAAAUGUAAUGGCAGAUUUGGCGUGUUAUAAAGCUAAAGAAAACUUUUGGGCCAGAGGAUUUGUAUGGAGCUCAUUAGAUAGCAUUGAGCCCCUAAUAUGGUGGAAAGGUAUUUGUGGUUCCACUGAGUUAAGCAAAGUAGCGAUUCGUAUUCUAUCAGCUCCCUGUACUUCGGCAGCCACUGAGCGUUCCUUUAGUAUCCAAGGCUACAUACAUAAUAACAAAAGAAAUCGACUUACAACUGAAAGAACUGAAAAAAUUUCAUUCAUUUGUUAUAACUGGAAUCUUAAACAUAAAGCUGAAUGCGAGGACAUUCAGUUUAAUGAAGAAAAUACCUUAGAAGCUUUCAUUGAGCAAGUAAAUGAACAUAACAGUUUAGACGAAAUAGAGCCUAUCGAACCUAUACAAUUCAUCGCUUGUAAUAACUCUGAAUCUGACAGUGAUUGACUGUAGUUUUACAUU